AUGAACGGUAUACCGAUCAAAUGCGCGCCUAAUCUGAAGUACUUGGGACUGACUUUUAAUAAUAAAUUAUCUUGGGUUCCACACCUGAAGGAGGUGAAACAGAAAAUAAACAGCCUUACAAAUAACAUGCUCAAAACAGCAAGAAUACAGUGGGGAACGCCAGCCAAUAUUCUGAGAAGUUGGUAUCGUACUAUAUCCGAGAGGAUUAUCUUGUAUGGUGCAGCAAUUUGGAGGAAAAAUAUCUCCUCACAUAUGAGUAAACUAAUGCUCACAAUACAAAGAAUGCAAUUAUUACUGAUAUGCAGAGGAUACAGAACCACUUCUACAGCAGCAUUUCAAGUGCUUGCUGGUAUACCACCAUUAGACUUACAAGCAGAACGGGAAUCCCUAUUGAAAAGAGUGCUGAGACUAGAUGAGAAUGCAACAUUAUGGAAUCAUAACUAUUAUCACACAGAUUAUGAAAAGCACAAACCAGUUCUUUUAGGGCACCCCGCAGACAUAGACUUGUCCGAUAGCAUCCAACUUGUGUACGCAUCUUCAAAAAAGAACAGCUUCAGCCUCUACAGGGAUGGAUCCAAACCAGAGCGAGGCGCCGGUAGUGCAUUUUGCGCUUUACAAGGGGAGACUAUUAUUAAAACAUGGAAAAGAAGACUAGAUAUUAGAAAUACAGUCUUUCAGACAGAGGUUGCAGAGCUAAAAGCAGCAAUUAAAUUUGCAGUUUAUUCACUUAGAUUUAGAGCAACAAUCUUCAGUGACUCGGCCUCUAGCCUGGCAGCGAUUAGAGGAAAUAAAAGCAGGAGCUCUUAUGUACAAGAGCUCAAAAAAAUUCUUUUGCAUUGCCCUCCCUCCUUACGUCCACACUUGGUCUAG